CCGCUGCUUUUAAUCCCACUUCUCAAUCUGCAAAGGCAUUUGCUUGCUCGGAAUUGAAAUUGAAUGAUGGAGAGAGGUAAUGCAGCAAGGGAUUUAAGCAAGACGGCUAGUUAACUAUUAUGACAGCAGUUUUGACUCCAGUUUCUUUUUUUGUACACGGUCAGUCCGGUGACUCCGAGUCCGAUCCAGUCCGGUCACUCCGACUCACUCGUCAGUCCUCGGUGAAUGGUGGUUGGAUAGUGACGUAGAGCGUUUUCCAUUCACUGAACCUAACUUGCUUGAUGGCCCCCUACAUUCUCGGCGGAAUUAGCGAAAACCACAAUAUGCAAGAGUGAUUAAAGUUCCUGUUGGAUUAAUAUGAGGAUUUACAACUACACUGACAACAGUGCUAAGCAGUUUCCGCCUGAAGUUUUACCGUAGAAGUAACACGAAGUUUGAGGGAAUGGUGAAGGGGAAAGAGUGCCGAUUGUGGGUCACAUGAUGCUCCUCCUAUAUAUUGAAGUGCAGGAACAAGAAGGAUCCAGAAGCGAUACGAGGCGGUUUCGGUGAAAGAUCAGUAAUAAUGGCAUGGUUGUUGAACAGUGAACUUCCUUCAUCAGUAGCAUUGUAACGCGGAAACUGUCAUUAGAGGCUUCAAAGUUGCUAAUAAGAUACAAGGAUGCCAGGUACUAUCUACAAGGCAUUUGUAUUAGUAUUGUCGGGUUUGUUGCUGAUCUUAAGUGGCAUCUCUGCCAGCAGAAUACCUCCUGACAAUCAGGAAACCUUCCUGGAAGUAGAUCCUGAGCUGUCAGGUGACUCUACACUGACCAGACUCGAAGGUGCAACAACCAGUGUAGAAAGAGCAUCUCACUCUCCAUUUAUUGUUACAACCAGUGAUCACACGACUUCCAGCCAUCUGGAUAUCAGCAGGGCUUUCUUUACGACCAGCCCCCUUAACCCGCUACCUGAGAGAGAGAAGUGGGGGAGUCAUCCCAUAGGGUCAAGGGAGGACUUUGAAAUUAAGGACGACAAAGGGGACCGCAAAUGGCUUGCAUACUUCUACGAUCAAGCCGUUGUGGCUGUGCUUUUAAUGCGAAAUGGCACUAUGCUGGAAUGCACUGUCCAAGAAAACAUUCAAAAAUGGGAGCAGGAGAAAGCCUUGGAGUAUCUCGCUGAAAUUAUGCCUUUACGCCCAAUUGCCUUUGAUUCCAUGGUUCAUCUCAUCACCCUCUGUGGUACUCUUAAUAUACCACCGACACCGGUAGCUGCCUUACGUCAGGCAGGGCCAAACCCUCUCUGGUGGCUAGAUUUUUCAACCAUACAGGGUAUCUUGCCGGGAACCCUGUGGUGUGGAGUGAGAGACAAGGCCACUUACUAUCGUGAUUUAGGGCCGAGACAGAAAGUUGACAAUUGUUGUCGGGCACAUGACCUUUGCCCCAUUAAAAUAAGCGGAUUAACUACACGAUAUGGGACCACCAACUUAGGGCUAAAUACACUGUCUCAUUGUACCUGUGACCUUGAAUUCUAUCGGUGCCUCAAGGCUGCAAACAGUGAUGUUGCCAAUAUGGUCGGACAAGUAUAUUUCAACUACCUCGACAUUAAAUGUCUGGAUGCUCCCCCCAAAACAAAAGCUGUGGAGGGGUUGUCUAACAGACCUCCCAGAGGCUCAGUCCAAUCGUCUAAUAAUCAAGAAGAGUUUGGCAAACUGGAUUGCGUUUUGUUUGAUGAAGAAAGGGAAUGUCGGAAGUGGGAGUUAACCCCAGCAAACUUUUCUGUUGAAUUGGUUAUUUCUCGUUUAGGGUUGAGAUUCUGAGAUUUAAUUUUUCCAGGUGGUCUAGGAAAUUAAUCCUUUGACUGUUCUAUUUUUAUAUGUACCUUGUAAAUAAUGAAAAUAUUAUCUAACGCUAGUCGUUUGACAUGAAAGUUCUUCUUUUGAAGAGAUAAUUUGAUCUGAAGAUUUAUUUUUUAACCAAAUACUUUAGUUUUACAAAGAGGAGAUAUUUGGGGAUUUAGAAUUAUUUUUAAUAUAGUAGUUUUAAUAUAUAAUUUCUCUGAAGAGUAGAUUCAGGAUGUUUGUUUCAGUUAUCUUAAAGAGCAAAAACCAUACAGUUUGUUUUCUUAUGCUUGACACUAUUUAAACUUAUGAAAAUGUGUCCAAAUCACUCAGGGUUUGUCCAAACCUACUUUGGAAUGUCAUCUAUAAAAGUAGGUGGCAGUUGUAUCAGUUUGAAUAACCAGUACAACUACUAGUAAGAUGGUAUGUAUAAAAAUUUGGUCCUUGUUUCUGUGUUAUUCUUUGUAAUGACAAACUGAAUUCUACCAUUUGUACUGUAUCAUAAAAUUUUGACUGGCCUACAAGGCCACCAUAUUCAAUAAACAAAAACAAAAUA